CCUUCGGCUUCUGGCAGAGACACUCCAGUUUAGUUCAUCCUUUCUGCUUGGAGACAUUGCCUGUUUCCCUUGCAAACUGGGAAGCAGAAGUCAGCACAUCCGUCCAGCGAGGGUGGGGUGGCCGGAUCGCCCAGCGCGCGCCCUGAAGGUUCACCUGAACGGAAACCGAGGAUGGAGCCCUGGUGGGGCCUCUUCUGCCUCACGUUCCUGUGUUCUCUGAUGCACGUCCGAGGUCAAGGUGACUUUGAUUUGGCCGACGCUCUCGAUGACCCCGAGCCCACCAAGAAGCCGAGCUCAGAUAUCUACCCAAAGCCCACGCCUCCCCACCAGCCACAGCCCGGAAAUCCCGACAACAGUGGAAAUAUCUAUCCAAGGCCAAAGCCACUGCCACGUCCCCAGCCUGGCAGCUCUGACAACGGUGCAGGUGGAGACGGCUCCCCCUCGUACGGCAACCCACAAGGCAACAGGAUAGCAAAAAUCGUGUCUCCUAUCCUGUGCGGGGUGCUGGUGACCCUGGUGGGGGCAACGGCCCGCUAUUUCCAGUACAACAGGAGGUGGAAUUGUUGCAGGAUGAAUGAACCAGAAAACAUCUGAGGCCUUCAAAAUCCACCCUUUGCUUUGAGAUAAAGGCUCCACCCAGACAAGAACCACCCUCAUCACUCCCGUGCCAUGUUCCUUUCCUUCUGGGCUUAAGCAGCUGCCCUGAAGGGUUUUCCCUCCUGUUUGCAAUAGACGUGCUACCUAACCAAGAAUUCCUAAUUCCUCAGACACAUCGAUCAUCAUAAGGUAGACAGCUGGACCUUGGGUUGUAAAAUGACUGCUUGAUCUGUUGGUUCCAUCGUGAAUCCGGACAGAGAGUCCAGCUCUGGAAUGAACUCCGAAACUACCUCCUGGUGUGACCUCAGGCCAUCGACAUGGUCACAAAGCACAGGGGCAGCAGGAUAGCACCGGGGUCUUGGGCGGGAAUGCCAUCGGCUUCUAAAAGAUGCAGACAGACUGCUGUUUGGGUUUCCAACAAGCUGGGGUGAGAAGAUUGACUGAUGCCAUAAGUUCCUUAGUUAUGUCAGGAAUCCAGACCUGUUCACCACCGCCCGUGAAUCGGGAAUGAGUGAUUCCCGACACUAACGGCAGAAUUUGAACGUUAUGUCAGCUCCCAAGAGUAUUGUCACCUGCAGAGGAUGAGGCUGGAUUUGGGAAAUUUAAGUGCAAAAUCGCUGAUGUGGAAACCGUCUCGGGGAAGUGAUCAUGGGGUGCUUUUUUCCUGUGAAAUAGUCCAGUUUCUACAUUUUUUUGGAGAACGUGGGGUAGAAAUAGAGAUUUGCAGAUGUUGUGGCUUUUCGUAUUAUUUUUGGUCUUUGAUCCUCCGUGGGUACCAGUUCUUAAGGCGACGGCAGUGCCUUCCCUGGUUUAUACUUUUCUUUUUACUGGACGAGAUGAUCUUCUAUCCUCAAAUAUCUAAAACGCAUACUAGCUGUUUGGUUCUAUUUUAGUAAUGCUUUAGGGGAGAGGGAAAAGGAUGGUUUGGGCAGAUUAGUAGAGUUUGAUUCAACUGAGAUGAAUGCUGAUAGAAUUUUAGAGUUUAAAUAUUAGAACCAAAGAGGAAGCCAGCCCGCUAGAAUCUGGACCUCAUAAAGAGGACACGUUAACAUUCCAAAUAUUUAUGCCUUGAGCUCACCCUUCAGGAUUGAGAGCUGGGUCUGCAAAGAGAAGUUGGAAGCAGAAGGCGUUUGCAAGAGCUUCCCCAAAAUGGAAAAGAACUUAAAACUAAAGGUCCUGAUGAGACGGCUCAGAAUUGCAUGCCUUCCCGUCCUGGAUUUACAAAGAUUUGAGCCAUUUGAAGACUGUAUUUCCUAUUUUACUAUGAAUGUCCUAGGACUCUUCCCAAAUCUUGUUAAGCUUCCCCAUAAGUGAGGAUGCCUGCUAAACAUGCCCGCUAAACAUAAUUUAACUGUUGUUCAAAAGUGUGUGUAUGUACACACACAGAUUUACACACAGAUGUACAUAAAUGGAAGUUAAGCAUUUUGAAAGGUAACUCCAUCCCUUUUCUGUUACUGUCAUG